AUGCAAAAGGCUCGGGGUUCGCGGCGAGAUGACCACCGGAUAAUCAUUCACUUCGACUAUGAUUGUUUCUACGCAUCAGUCGUCGAGAAUGAGAACCCUGCUCUAAAAUCAGUGCCUCUUGCCAUCCAGCAGAAGCAGAUUGUGGUUACCUGCAACUACGAAGCUCGAAGACGUGGCCUGCAGAAGCUUCAGCUCAUCACUGAAGCCAAAAAGGUUUGCCCUGAAGUGGUCAUCAUCUUGGGUGAGGACUUGACUCGUUUCCGGGACGCUUCCAAAGACCUCUACAAGUUCCUGCAGCAGUCGAUAUGGAGUGGCAGAGCAGAGCGGCUGGGAUUCGACGAGGUCUGGCUGGACUGCACCGACAUGGUUGACUACAAUAUGGAAUUGUUGAACCCCCACGAUCUAGUUCAUUCUUUUUUCUGCCUCGACAAGGUCGACCCUACCAUUGGAUUUGAGUACGAUGCCUCCAGAGUAUUCGGUCCCACCUUUCCCAAAGUUGCCGCCUCACCAGAGACUGCCACUGCUAGUGAUACACAAUUGAGUUUGCGCUUGUGUCUGGGUUCCCAUCUUGCUAGGCACUUGCGCCAUGGGUUGGAAUCGGACAAGGGUUAUACAUCAACGGUAGGGAUCGCAACCAACAAAAUUCUGUCCAAGCUGGUGGGCAACGUCAACAAACCGAAGAACCAGACGACGAUUGUGCCUCCAUACGAGUCGAUCAGACAAGUCGAUAGCAAUGUGACACAAUUCUUGGAUGAUCAUGAUAUUGGCAAGAUACCGGGAAUUGGGUUUAAGCUCGCCCACAAAAUACGAUCCCAUGUGUUGGGACGUGCACCUGAUUUUGAUCAAGGCUUCGUUUACGGAGGUACCAAAGAGUCUGUCUCUGUCCGGGACGUGCGUUCACAUGCCGGGAUGGGCCCUGAACUGCUUGAGGCUAUCCUGGGAGGACCUGGAUCGUCUAAAGGGAUCGGAGGAAAGGUGUGGGACUUGAUUCAUGGCAUCGAUGAUUCCGAGGUUGGGAAGACCAAACGAGUACCUUCUCAGAUCAGUCAAGAGGAUUCUUACAUGAAAUAUCUACACACGUUUGAGCAAGUCAAGGAGCAGUUGACCCUUCUCAGCGAAAGGCUUAUUCAGCGAAUGCGCAUGGAUCUUUUGGAGGACGACGAGGAUGACGAGGAUUGGGGUCACGAGAAGGGUCUCGGUACACGACGGAGAUGGAUGGCUCAUCCUCGUACGCUUCGCCUUUCGACCAGACCGCGUCCACCGCCAGGACCUGACGGCACACGUGCAAGGACAUUUCACCGGAUCUCCAGGUCAGGCCCAAUGCCAAAUUUUGUCUUCAGCCUGAACGAACGUACGCUUGUGCUGGCUGAAAGACUGGUAGGGGAGACGCUCAUCCCGAUGUUUCGCAAAAUACACGAAACCAACGGCUGGAAUCUCAGCUUGAUCAAUGUUGCAGCCACCAAUAUGGCGGAGACCGCAGCUGAGACGAAAGACAGUGAGGGACGGGACAUUGGGAAAAUGUUUCGGCAUCAAGAUGAGCUGCUCAAAGAUUUCAGAGUCACCGUCGAAUCAGAUCUGAUACAAGGUCUUCCAUCGCGUGUGCCGGAGGCUUCUAGUGUGGAAUGCGGCAGCUCAGGGAUAGAUGCAUCAAAUGCCAAUCUAGCCCUAGAUGAAGUUGCAGAAGGAUGGGAUUCUGAAGAUAGUGACCGGUCGUAUGUGGAGCGCUGCGAGUACUGUCAAGCAUGCGUUCCAGUAUUUGCAUUGGCUGCGCACCAUCGAUACCAUGAAUUGAGUAAUUAA